ACCGUUUGCUUUUCCAUUCAUCUCAAGCUCGACUGACUGCUGGACUUUCUCUCUUUCUCUCUCUAUAUAUAAUAUAUAUAUAUGUAUACUGAUCUUUCAGUUUCGUUUCAGUUAACUCCAUUAUUACUUUGAUCUUCCUCCCUCCCUCCCUGACGGAAAUCCUUGUAUCGAGUUCCUUCCGUCUUUCAAUUUCAAUUUCUUACAGUUUCAUGGACUUGUCAUUGAUCAACUGCCUUCUAUAAGAGUAGCCAUUGCGAUAUAUUCGUUAUUAUAUAGACUAGUGCAAGUAAAUUUAGGAUUAUUCAAACAAUGGAGAAGAAACAUGGCUUCUUUUCUGCACUCAAAGAAGAGGUAGUUCGAGGUUUAUCUCCGGCUAGGUCCCGCGCCAAGAGUCCGGCACGAAGUGUGUCGCCAUUGUCAGGUCUACUUCGCCGUAAGAAUCAUCAUUACCACGUGUCCAAUCAGGACCAGUUUAUUUCGAGAUCCGGAAGUUUGAGGCCUGUAGGCGAGACACUCACGCCCUUAGUGGAGGGUCCGGAUCCGGAUGGAGGUGAAAUCGGUGAAUCUAAACGUGUCGGCUCCUCCAGUAUUGGACAGUGGAUGAAAGGACAACUCUCUAGGGCUCCUUCUGUAGCUUCCAAUGCUUAUAAGCGAUCUGAUUUGAGACUUUUGUUAGGCGUCUUGGGUGCUCCGCUCGCUCCGGUUCAUGUUACAACAAACGAUCCUCUGCCUCAUCUCUGUAUCAAAGACACUCCCAUUGAAACUUCUUCUGCUCAAUACAUUCUACAACAAUAUACAGCUGCAUCAGGAGGGCAAAAACUGCACAACUCAAUUCGAAAUGCUUAUGCAAUGGGGAAGCUGAAAAUGGUGGCUACUGAAUUUGAGACUGCAGCUGGGGUGACGAAGAACAGACAUGCAGUUAGAGAUGCAGAAUCAGGUGGGUUUGUUCUCUGGCAGAUGAAUCCAGAUAUGUGGUAUGUUGAACUUGCAGUUGGAGGAAGUAAAGUUCAUGCUGGUUGUAAUGGCAAGCUUGUUUGGAGACACACCCCAUGGUUAGGUUCCCACGCUGCCAAAGGCCCUGUUAGACCUCUGCGUCGCUCACUUCAGGGAAUAGAUCCAAGAACAACAGCAGCAAUGUUCGCCAGUGCAAAAUGCAUCGGCGAGAAAACAAUCAACGGGGAAGAUUGUUUCAUCUUAAAACUCACCACAGAUCCUCAUACCCUAAAGUCAAGAAGCGAAGGCCCGGCAGAAAUCAUAAGACAUGUAUUAUUCGGCUACUUCAGCCAAAAAACCGCCCUUCUAAUCCACAUUGAAGAUUCCCACCUAACCCGAAUUCAAUCCACGGGAGGCGAUUCAGUUUAUUGGGAAACGACGAUGAACUCGUUUCUCGAAGAUUACAAACUGGUAGAAGGAAUCAUGGUCGCACACUCGGGUCGAUCAAUUGUAACUCUAUUUAGAUUCGGCGAAACUGCGAUGAGCCAUACAAAGACUAGAAUGGAAGAAGCUUGGACUAUCGACGAAGUUACGUUCAAUGUACCUGGUUUAUCGUUAGACUGUUUCAUUCCCCCUGCCGAUAUUAAAUUUGGACCUAUUAGCGAGAGUUGUGAACUUGGUCAAGAUGAUAGGGGAAAGAACUCGGUUUCUAUUGCUUCUCAUCGGGCUAAGGUUGUGGCUUUGGAGAAAGGUAUCGAUAAUCUGUUUUGGAAAAUGGAAGUUUAACAAAUUAUUUUAGUGGAUUUUGUUUAUACUAAUUAAUAUAGGGUUAACUUCAACUUGACAUUUAGGGUUUAGUGUGUUUUUUUUUGUUGUUGUUGUUAUUACCUUGAAUGUGCUUGAAGAAGAAAAUGUUGAAGCUUUUCUUUUCGAUAGUAUUUACCAAUGUAGUCAUUUUGUUUUUGAGGUGUUAGAUGAAUUUUACUUAAUUAUGUUAUCAUUAGUGUGUUGGUAUGCAUUAUGGUUAUGUUAUAAAUGUAAAGUUUUAGAUUUUUAUUGUU